GUUCCUGUGAGGCCGGGGACGUUUGACAGGUUAUUGUGUGCAGUUUGUCCUUCUGGGUGCAGAUGGUGGUCUAGCAGCGGCGGACCGGAGCAGGACUGAAGAUCACAGACCUGUGAGAUGCCAGGGUCUGGUCCAUGGGUGUGAGCCGACUUGAUGUAUUCUACAGACGGCUGCUCCUCACCAGACUCUUCAUCGGGGGAUGGGGGAAGCCCGAGGAUCUCAAACGAAUUUUUGAGUUCCGUAAAGUAAUCGCGGACAGAGAAAAGUGCAACUCGCUGGUGCCGAAGGACUACCCGGUGUACAUCAGUAAGACGGAGGAGCUGUCCGACUGCCACAUCCACGAUGGCGUCUUCCUCUCGCCGCUGGAGCAGCUGGUUCCUGGCAUCCUGCCCCAGGAGGCGGUCAAGGCCAGGUUCCAGUUCAUAGUCCCGAAGAAGUGGCAGCAGAACAAACCCGUAUGUAUCCACCUGGCGGGGACCGGAGAUCAUCAUUUCUGGCGCCGGCGGACCCUGAUGGCCAGACCCAUGAUCAAAGAGGCAGGGAUGGCCUCUCUGCUUCUGGAGAAUCCGUAUUAUGGAUACCGUAAGCCCAGAGACCAGCUGCGCUCCUGUCUGAAGAACGUGUCGGACCUGUUCGUGAUGGGGGGGGCUCUGAUCCUGGAGUCCACGGUGCUGCUGCACUGGCUGGACAGAGAGGGCUACGGGCCUCUGGGCAUGACCGGCAUCUCCAUGGGGGGAUAUAUGGCGUCCCUGGCAGUGACCAACUGGCCCAAACCCAUCCCACUCGUCCCCUGUCUGUCCUGGUCCACCGCCUCCAGCGUGUUCACCAUGGGUGUCCUGAGUAAAGCAGUGAACUGGACAGAGCUGGAGAAACAAUAUGCCAUCAAUUCAGUGUAUGAAGAGGAGAUCAUCAACCUGUUGGAGUACUGUGGGGCUGACUCCUUCAAGAUGGGAGCAGACCUUGUGAAGUCGUCCUGUUCGGAGCAGCCACUCGUCCCUGACGGAGUGAGGAGUCGGGGUCCCGUCCUGCAGUCUGCACCCAGGAAGCAGACCGGAGCAGGUCCGUCUCUACACCGAGAGUCCAUCAGCUUCAUGAAGGGAGUGAUGGACGAGUGCACACACAUGGCCAACUUCUCCGUGCCAGUAGACACCAGUCUGAUCAUCGUGCUCCAGGCCAAAGAGGACGCCUACGUCCCCCGGACCGGGGUCCUCAGUCUGCCCGAGAUCUGGCCUGGAUGUGAAGUCCGCUAUCUGAACGGAGGACACAUCAGCGCCUACCUCUUCAAACAGAACGUCUUCAGGCAGGCCAUCUACGACGCGUUCAGCAGGUUCUGUGUGAAGUACCCGGACCUGCUGCAGAGCUGAGCCUCCUCUCUCCUCGCCGCUCUGCUCUGAGUGGUUCCUGGUCUUCAGUGACGCUGGCUCAGACCCGCCGUCUCCCCCGCCCAGGCCCGAUGAACCGGCUGGAAAACAGCAGGACCUGUGGCGACAGAGCAGAGGCUUUGAGCUCCGGCUGCAGAGUCCACCAGGACCAGAGUGUCCAUCUGUCCGUAAUACAGUUUAUAAGGUGUGUUUUAUACUGAAGGGUCACUGCUGGAAGCGGCAGGUGGAUAUAACCGCCGUCACAUGACUCGGAGGGUUUUCACUGGAGCUCUGCUCUUCGUUUCCACCGUGUCUUGAUAGAAAAAUCUGAUUCUUCCGCUGCCAAACCUUGUUUCACAGUCUGUCACCGCUGAACCCUGGACACAGUGGACACUGACUUUCUGGGAACAUUUGACUGAAACCUGCUGCCUGUUGAUGGAAAUGGCCUUAAUGAGAGUAUAUGUUGAAUAAAACUUUAA